ACUCAAUUCCAGAGCUCACGCCACUUACAGCACCAAUCCCUGCAAUCUCCAAAUGACAUUUAACGGUCCUCACAGCGCUAGCCAAGGCCGAACAAUGCCCACCGAAUCGCCGGCGACCUCCUUCGACGCGGCUGCGACGUCGGCAAAAACAACAUCAGCUAACUUUCUUCUUCGCCCCCUAGUCGAUCUCGACAUAGCUCUCUCCCUCUGGAUCCACGAAGCCUGCCUUCCCACACCCCGAUGGCUCCUCAAAGUACUAGAAAUCUCCGGCGAUGGCCGUUUCUGGUUCCCGAUCCCGAUCUCCCUCUACUGCUUCUCUUCACGUUCUUCGAUUCUUCUCGGCCUCAUCCUCGGCUCUUUGCUCGACGUUCUCCUGGUCGGACUCAUUAAGCACCUUGUUCGCCGUCCUCGUCCCGUCUACAACAAAGGCAUGCGUCUCACUUUCGCCGUUGACCACUGGUCUUUCCCGAGUGGCCACUCAUCCAGGGUUUUCUUCAUCGCUUCCUUCCUCAGUAACUGUGCCGACCCCUUUCGAGUUGCCCUUGACUCCCACCGAUGGGUCCAUGGCUACUUUGGAGGUGAGCCGGGGGACCUUUUUCUUAUGUUUGUUUGCGUUUGGGUUUGGUCGGCUACCACCUCUGCUUCCCGUGUGUUGCUUGGCAGGCAUUUUGUGCUUGAUGUGAUUGCCGGGGCAUGCCUGGGCGUGUUUGAAGCUCUGCUCGUCUUUCAUAUAAUGAAAUUUUAGUGGAAUGGGCAAGGUUUAUGUUUCAUAUGUGCAUGUUGUUUUUAGUUCUUAUAUAGCAAGCUGAAUUCACGAAAGUGCUUAUUGGAGGCUGCCCUUUUAUUGUGCAGAUUCAUUAUACUUGUCAUGUUUUCCUGAACAAUUUUGUUGGUGAAGGAAUUCAAUGUUUUUUUAGAAAAUCAUUAUUUGGACAUCUUUGA